AUGGCUCCCGGUCUUACAGAGAAUGUUGGCCUUCGGGCCCCAACAGCAGCACCUCCGCUCAGGUCAGAUGCCGGCCACAACAAGGAGAACCUGAUCGGCUACAAAUACAGGAAGGAAAACGAGAUCAAGGGCACAGAUAAACUGCCUCCUGCCACAUACCCGGAGUAUUUGCCUGUGUGGGAUAAUGAGACAGAAAGAUAUGCUCCUCUCGAACCAUUCGAGCACUACGACCAUGGAAAAGAUGCCGAUCCUUCCUUCCGAGACCUAUUCCCCAAUGGCCAAACUGGCAUUGAUGAAAUCACGCCCUUCAUUGGUUCCGAAGUGCACGGAGUGCAACUAAGCCAGCUUUCUGACAAGGGCAAGGACCAGUUGGCUCUUUAUGUUGCACAGCGCCGAGUUGUCGCCUUCCGUGAUCAAGACUUUGCGUCUCGCCCGAUCCAGGAGGUCGUCGACUAUGCUGGAUACUUCGGCCGUCACCACAUCCAUCAGACCUCGGGAGCCCCCAAGGGCUUCCCCGAGGUUCACUUGGUUCACCGCGGGGCCGACGACCGCACGGGCGAGAUUUUCCUGCAGCAGCGAACCAACACCAUUACCUGGCACUCGGAUGUCACUUUCGAGAAGCAGCCCCCUGGCACUACCUUCCUGUAUGUCCUUGACGGCCCCACAACAGGCGGUGACACCCUGUUUGGCGACAUGGGUCAGGCAUACAAGCGUCUGUCGCCUGAGUUCCGGAAGCGUCUCCACGGCCUGAAGGCUGUGCACUCUGGUGUUGAGCAAGUGAAUGCUAGCUUGAACGGCGGUGGUAUCGCCCGCCGUGACCCAAUCACCUCCGAGCAUCCCAUUGUUCGGACUCAUCCCGUUACUGGCGAGAAGGCCCUCUAUGUGAACCCACAAUUCACACGUCACAUCGUGGGAUACAAAAAGGAGGAAUCGGACCACCUCCUCAAGUUCCUGUACGAUCACAUCGCUCUUUCGCAGGACACACAAGCUCGUGUGCGUUGGAGACCCGGCACCGUUGUCGUCUGGGAUAACCGUCUCGCCUGCCACUCGGCUGUUUUCGAUUGGGAGGAUGGUCAACGCCGACACAUCGCCCGUCUCACGCCUCAGGCCGAGCCUCCCUUUGAAACCCCGUUCGAAGGUUGA